AUAUGAAGAUGCUAGAAAACCUGGCAGUAGUGUCUUCCAGCCCCCCUCUUCAUCAACAAAUACCACAAUGCCUGCCUCAUUCUAUCCUGAGGCAAGACCUCAGCAGUAUGGAUACCAGCAGCCAAACUUCCCAGGUUAUGACCAAUAUCAUCACCACUACCAGGGUUACCAAUACCAAGAAUUUAGAGGAACGUACCCUCCCAAUGUCCCACCUGGACACCACUGGGGCCCUGCAGGUACUCCAGGUACAGCUCAGCAACAGCAGCAACCCUGGGCAGCUCACCCAUCUGGCCAUAUCCAGCCUCAUCCUCAAAGUGAACAUCAUUCCUCCAACUCACACCAUGCAUGGGACACCACUCAAUAUCAUUCCUUGGAGUAUCAGCGCAACUCCCAUAAUGACAGUCCAUAUGAGAACAAGAGUGCUGGCAGAUCCAAGCUCGAUGAACGCUUGGAGAAGAUGGAGCCAGCCAUCAAUAUCAACAACAAACCUCCCAAACACGAGUCUGAAGAAGAGGAGGACAAAUCAAAUUUGGACUUGGACACUAGGAUUGCCAUGCUGCUGCAGAACAAGGACAGUGGGAUGGCUCCCCCAUUCCUGGCUCUUGGGCUGGGAAGUGAUGAUGAGGAGGAGAAGAAGGAAAACAUUGUCCAGGAGGAGAAUAGAGUGAAGGAAAAGGAAUCUAGUGGUCCCACUUCCUCAAGUAGCAGUACCACAGACUCAGAUACUGGUUCUUCCUCUGAUUUGGAAAGUGAUAGUGAAGGUGGUGAUAGUUCAAAAGAAUCUAGCAGAGGGGAGGGCAAGUCAGACUGGGCUCUUCUUGCCAACAUUUUAGAACCUCUGUCAUCUCCUCCAUCCCCAUUCUUGUCACAUGAGAUGUACUUAUAUUGGCAUGAGAAGGGGAAUGAACUUAAGAAAGAAGCGCAAAGAAGAGAGAAAGAGGAAAAUAGAGAAAGAUUAAAAAAGCUCAAGAAAAAGAAAGUGAAAAAGAAAAGUAAAGAGACUAAAGGAAAUGAUAAAGUGAAAGAAAUUAAGAGUGAAGUGAAAGUAGAGUCUAUGCAAGAAGAUAGUCAAGUAAAUGGUAUUGAUGAUGAUAGGAUGAGUUUAUCUAGUUUAAGUUCAACUGAAGAUCCGAUCUUACAUGUCCCUAUUCCACCUGCGGGAAGUGCUGUUCCUCCACCUGCAGGACCUUUUACUGCUCCUCCCCCCGGUUACUCCCAGUAUGCACCCCCUCCAGGUUAUCCUCCCUCUUAUCUACCCCCUGGGUAUCCCCCCCCUCAUGCCAUGCCCCAGGAGGCAGCCUACCAAUGGCAGCCACCUCCAGGUUAUCCUCCUAAUUUUGUGUCAGGAUACCCAGGUUAUAAUACAGGUUAUAUGGCCAUCCCAUCAGGAUAUUCUUCCAUAAGCCAUCCACCACCAGGCCCUAGUGUUCCAGGCCAGGCACCAUUUCCAUCAUAUUUUGGAGCAGGCUACCCACCUACACAGGACCCUAGUGAUUCCACCCACAAAAGUGGAGAGUACCACGACCCAACUAUCAAUGCUGUGCUUGAUACUGUUAUUGAGGAACUUAAAAGUAUUCUAAAACGCGAUUUCAACAAAAGAAUGAUAGAGGCCACAGCGUUCAAGACUUUUGAAGCUUGGUGGGAUGACCAGGAGAGGAAGUUCAAAGCACAAGCUGCUGCAGAGAAGGAGACAUUCACAGACAAGCAAGCAGGACCUCAGGCUCGAAUAGAAAAAAUAAAUUCAAUAACGUCUUUAUUAGAAAAUCAAGAAGGCUUUGGCCUCGACUCCAUAGGUUCUAUGGGGUUAGGCUUCAGGGCUGCUAUGCCUAAAAUGCCAUCAUUUAGAAAAAUACGAAAAAUCAAACCUCCUUCACCACCUUGCAUGGAUGAAGAUAGCAGAGGUGCCAUCUCAGACGAAGAACAAAAGGAAGCAAUACCAAAAUUAGAUGACUCUUCAGAUUCUGAUUCAGGUCCUGAUGACUUAGUUCCUCCUAAAAAAUCCAAACCAUCACCUUCUACUGCCAAAAGGAAACCUAAAUGGUCAUCAGAUGAAUCUGGUGGUGAAACUUCAGAUAGAGAAGAAGAAAAAGAAGAGUCAUCGUCAUCAUCUUCAUCAAGUUCUGAAUCAUCGGAGUCAGAGUCAUCAUCAUCGGAGUCAGUUGAGAGUGAAGAUGAAGAUGAACCUGAAGAGCUCAAGGAAUUACGACGAUUGGAGGCAGAGUUUGAUGCUCAUGUUAGAUCAACAGUUGAUUCAGUCAUGCGCACCCCAGAGCAUGACAGACCAGCCACUCCUCUCCCAGAACUUCUCCCAGACCAGAUGGAGGAUGCAUGGUUAGAUGAAUCCCCACCUGCUCCUGUGGCCCCAGCACCAAAAGAACCUGCACCUUCUCCGGCAAAGAAAUCGCCUCAGUCAAAGUCCAAAAAGACUCCCAAAAAGAAUGAGCCUGCAGUCACUCCCAGGAAACCCUCCAAACCCCCUGUGUCAGAGAAGAAGGAGAAGGCUCAGAAACCCAAGGAAAGGAGAAAAGAAGCAGAAAAGGCAGAAAAGUUGAAAGAUGCACCAAAGGCUAAUGACUCUGAUUCAGAAACUGACACUGCUGAUGAGAAGAGCGACCUUGAUGAUGGAAUGGGUGAAUCAGCUGAAGCAGCAGAAGCCCUCAUGGCACUGGCAGGGGCAGCAGUGAAUGGCAGAGCAAGAUCAACAUCUUCCUCUUCUACCACUUCAUCAUCAUCAUCAUCUAGUGCAGCCACUGGAUCUACAGGAGAAGAGAUGAGAUCACCUGUUCUCAUGGAGCACAGCUAUUGCCUUCCUUGGGCACCCAAGGAUAGUACUCAAGUUACCUUCUUGCCUCCAGAGGAGUUAUCUAAAAAAGGACAAAGGGUAAUGGGAGGUUCUGAUCAUGACUACACCAGAGCACGGACACCACCCAAAGGAGAAAAGACGAAAUCCCCCAAGACCACAAGCAAAUUCACCACACCCAAGCCACGCGGCAAGGAAAACCGGGCCAUGCAGAUCAAGAGAGAAACGGAGGAGAAGCGUAAAUCCACUCCUCAGUUGCCAUCAAAAUCACCCAUGGUUUCAACCUUCCAGCCCCGCAACCAAAUGGAAGAGUACAACGUUCUUUAUUCAUUUCUUAUACGAGGUAUUGAUCAAGAAGAUAUUGAGCUUCUCAAGAGAAGUUAUGAAGGAAUGUUGGCAGAUGAUAGCCAGUCCUACUGGCUGAAUGACACUCAUUGGGUGGACCAUCCAGCCACAGACAUCCCUCUGCCCCCUAGAAAAAAACGGAGAGUGGAUGAUUUACCUUUGCACAAGACUGGUUGUGCUCGUACUGAAGGAAUAUACAAAGUGGACUCCAAACAGAAACAGAAACAUAAAUUUACAUUCCAUCAAGACCAUGCGUUACUUGCCAGUGAAGAGCCUCAGCAACAGAGUCUGGCUGUUCUGGAGUCCAGUAAGGCAAAGUUGACACAGAUGGCAGUGAGCAGGGAAGUGCGCUCCUUCCAAAGAAGACUCCUCACAGCCUUUGGCAAUGAAACUGACUCAGACUUGCUCAAGUUUAAUCAGCUCAAAUUCCGCAAGAAACUCCUGAGAUUUGGAAAAUCUCGCAUCCACGACUGGGGAUUGUUUGCCAUGGAAGCCAUUGGUUCUGAUGAGAUGGUGAUUGAGUAUGUUGGGCAGAGUAUAAGAUCAAUCAUCGCUGAUCUUAGAGAAAUUCAAUAUGAAAAGAUUGGCAUAGGGUCUUCUUAUCUUUUCCGAAUUGAUAUGGAAACAAUCAUUGAUGCGACAAAGUGUGGUAAUCUGGCCCGGUUUAUUAACCAUUCAUGCAAUCCAAACUGCUAUGCAAAAAUUAUCUCCGUUGAAACGCAAAAGAAGAUUGUCAUAUACUCGAAGCAGCCAAUUGCUUGUGGUGAAGAGAUCACAUAUGACUACAAGUUCCCAAUUGAGGAAGAGAAGAUUGUCUGUCUUUGUGGAGCAGCACAGUGCAAGGGGACACUCAACUAACAUGUCAAGAGGAUAUGGACAAUGUUUAUAGAAAGGAAACAGAGAGAGAGAGAGAGGGAGAGGAUGCCACAGUGAGGCCACUAGGUUUUAUAAUAGCUCAUUUCUCAUGCUUGGUUGAAUGGUUUCACUUUGCAUUGGGUUGACCUCCUGAUGUAUUGGUGACAUUAUACACAUACAAUUUUCUUGUAUUUCUGCCUCUUCUUAGUUUUAACUAUAACCUUUUAUUUCUAAUGCCCUUUUCACCUUAUCCUCUUAUCAUUCCAUUUUGCAUUAUACCUUUCUUUCUGUUCCUCCUAUUCUCAUUCUCCCUUCUCAUUUUCUCUUCCUAAACUAACCACUUUUCUCUCCCACCAAAGUGCACAAUUUCAUUGUAAGGUAACUGCUAGACCCUCCUUAUGCAUUAUUAAUAUAUUGGUAAUAGAGGAAUGCAGCAAUGAGCAUCUUAACACAGAUGCAAAGUAGGAGACUGAUGAAUAGGCUGAUGAUUUUUUUAUCUCUAGAUUUUUAUGUGUUCGUAGUACCUGAAUCUUCAUAUAUGUUUUGUUGUUUUCUUGAGAAUGAAUUAUGCUUAAAUGGAUUAUGUAAUUUGAAGAGGACCAAUAAGCAGGGAUGGCCCUUUGAGGAUUUACUGCUUUUACAUAUUUACUACACAAACAGGCAAGACCCAGAAUGGGGAAAGAAAAAUUCUUAGUUUUGAAUUAUACACUCUGCAUCCAGAAAGAGGAAGACUUACAUAUGAUAUAGUACUAAACCAUUGAUUUUGUCAUGGUAGAUUGUUUGGUUGAGCACAUUAAAAAAUUUCCUCCAAUUUCAUCAUUGCUUUAGGACCAUAUUUUCCAAGUACCAUCCAAUAUUGUAUAUUAAUUUAUUAUUUACCUCAAUAUAUUAUAUCAGAUAGCAUAAUGGUAUGAUGGAGAUUGAAAAGUGUGUUUGAGUCUUUGAGUAAGUUCUAUCGUGAUGUAUGCCUCUUAUUGCAUUGAGGAUAUGUGAUGUUCAGCACCAAGGUGUGUGUCAAAAAUGUUGACACUAGUCAUUUGGAGAGAAGUAUAUUACUUCCCUUUUGAUAACUUCUGUAUUAAUUGAAAUUAUUAUACAUGAGGGUUUUUUCCUCUUCCCUUCUUUAUUCCCUUUCUCUUUGUCAGUUGAUGCUUAUGUGACACAAAUUAAUAAUCAUCAGAAUCAGUCGUAUGAAGAUCUUGAAUUACCUGACCAUGUGAUAAUGAUAUAAUAUAAAACAUUGGAGUACAAAAUGAAGCAAAUCAUUUAAGAACCUCCACAUGAAUUAUUUAGAGGUGUGAGCAGUUAAUUUCUUAGAAAAAAAGAAAGCAUGCAACUUUUUUAAAGUCCACUUGAGAAUAUACAUAGUAAUCCCUUUCAAACUGGCAACAUCACUGAUUGCAUUGCAUGUUGAGGGUCUGUAUACUUUUACCAUACAGAAGAGAAGAGGAAAACUGUUGAAGAAAUACUUGUAGAUGGAAGCAUCAGAAGUCUUUGGUGGUUCAGGUUGGACUGGAUGUAUAACAAGUUAGUUGUAUGAAAAGACUAAGACACAGCAUUGUUGAAGAGGAAAUGCCCAUUACAAAAGGGGUUGCAUCACCUCAGGUUACUGCCACUUAUUGUCUACCUACUACUAAUAGGCUUUUAGUACCUUUUUAUACAGUUGAAUAUAGUACCCAUGUUAAGUAAGUGGAAGAAGAAGUCCAAAAGUAAUUUUGAAUAAUGUAAUGCAGUUUUUCCGUUUUUUCCUGCAUGAAGGGAUUAUUGACAGAUCAGUGAUGAAGCUUUCCAUCAGAGUACACCUUUGGCAGUUUCAGUAGACCAUUAUUUAAUUAUAUUUUUGGACUGUCUUCUGGCAAUUCUGCUGGUUUUCUUUUUAAAAAGUAAGGCUACAAAGGCGGAGAAUGCUGGUUGGUGUACACAUAGUUUUUAUAUGGACAAAAGAGUGGAGAUUCUAAAUGAGACAGUUUAUAUAUUUUUUUGCACCAGUCUCUCAUUUGCAGAUGCAGUGCUGUAGAUUAAUAUAGAGUCAAUUUUGUAGCCUAUAUUUUGUCAGACCUUAUGUUGUGUUAUAGUGUGGUGCCAAAAGUAGAAAGCAAAGAGGGACUGCUGGUAAGUAAUGAAGACAAGAAAUUGUUUUCCUUGUUUUAAUUAUUAUGUACUCAAAGGGAUUGAGAAAAAAGUAGUCAGGUGACUCACCUGAAGUGAAUUUCUCAUGUGAUUCUGAUACUGAACUUUUUCUCACCUUCUACCUUGUAUUUUCAGAGCCUCUUUUCUCUCUGUGACAGAUAAAUGACAACAGACCUAGUCCCAGCAAAGUAAAACAUUUGUUUAACAAGGAUUGAAAAUGUUUUAUAUAACUGUCUGAACAGUCCCUCUUUUGCAAAUUUGUAGAGCAUCAAGCUCAGGUAUGUCUUUCGUAGAACUGACACAGAACAGUGAAUUUCCAUCAUAGGGAAUUAGAUCAUUUUAAAUUUACAAAAAUGUCAUACUUAAAGAACAUUAUCUUGUUUAUUUGUUUAUUUUAUUUUGUUUUGUGUUCCUAUAUCAGUCUUCUAAAAAUAAAGUCCUUGAAAGAUGAUUGAUCUCAAAUUGGACAUUAGACAUUAUCAGAUUUCAUAAAGCAUUACCAGCAAGUUAGUUGCAUGUGACAUACUAUAUGAAUAUGGUACUUACAAAUUGCAUAUAUAUCACAUGUAAAUUUUAGAGCUUAAAAAGUUUUUUCACAACCAUUCUUCAUAAUAUUAGUAUUCAAGGCAUCACAGAACAAGGUAAUGGCAUUUUCAUAAAUAUGUGGCGUAUAAUUUUUGUGCUGCUCUCUUCUUUACAGUUUGGAUUCAGACUCAUGUAUGUUAUAUCUAUAUCAUUUUUCCAAACUACGUUACAUUUUAUUUGGUAUUUUAAUAUUGUAAGAAUUUCUUUCUUUAUUGAUCUAAUACCCUGUAUCAUCUCUUACUGUGACAUCUUCCUCUUCCAGUUUUUCUCUCUCUUUUCCUCCUCCACCUUUUUUCCCUUCUUAUUCUCAUUCUUUUGCUUCUCCUUUCUCCUCAUCCUAAUCAUCAUCAUCUUCCUUUUUCUCUUAUUAUU